AUGAAGCUUCCCGUCGGACCAACAGCCUCCCUCAUGCUGGUCCUCUGGACCGGCGUCCUGUGGGCGACAGCGGCGGCCGAGGCGACGGCGGUAACGGCCGAAUCGCUGGCACGGGAUCUCGCGAGGGUCGAGUCGGUACGCGAGGUCAAGGACCUGCAGCGGACGUUUGGCCAGCUGGCGCAGUACGGGCGCUGGGGCGACAUGGCGGCGCUCUUCUCCGACAAGGGCGUCCUGCGCUGGGGGUCGGGCAAGGGGGCUAACAUCCUGGCCGACAGCGAUGCCACUUCCGUCACGGGGCCUGCGGCUAUCGAGGCGUGGCUCCGCGAGGACGCCGGAGGAAUGGACGGGGUCCGGCCCGGGUCGCUGCAUGCGCUCGUCAAUGAGAUGCCGCUUGUGAGCCUGUCGACUGAUGGUCGGAGCGCUAAGGCGCGAUGGCAUGCGUUGCGGCUCAUGGGAGAUGGUGCGGGAAAGAGUCGGAUCCAGGGCGGGGUUUUCGAGAAUGAGUAUGCCCUCACCACCAGCGACGAGAAUGGAGACCGCUGGAAGAUCUCGCUGCUGCGCUACUACCCGCUGUUUGCUGGUGAUUACAAGAAUGGCUGGACGAAUGUCGGAGGGAAUAAUUUGCCUAUUGUCACGUACCACUUUACUCCGGAUGACUCGGGGAUACCGAUCAUGCUCCCUGAGGAAAGCAAAGUGACGCCCCGGCGCUCGGAGUUUGAGCUAGACGUCGACGAGCUGGAGUACCGCAUAAGCCAACUGAACGAGGAGGACGAGGUCAGGAACCUCCAGCACUCGUAUGGCUAUUAUGUCGAUCGCCAGAUGUGGACCGAUGUCAUUGAUCUAUUUGACCGUAACGGCACCGUCAAGAUCGACGGCAACACCUAUACAGGAGGUGCCGAGAUUCGCAAGUGGCUGGAGAAAAUGGGACCCGAGGGUCUGAGCCGGGGCAUCCUCAACGACCAUCCCAUCUUCGAGAGCAUCGUGGCGGUCGGCCCCGACGGGCGAGAGGCAACAACCCGCGGUCUCGAGGUCGGAAUGAUUGGCGAUGCCAACGCGAAGACGGCGUCGUGGGAGUUCACCGUUUUCCGCAACCACUUUAUCAAGGACCCGGACAGCGGGACGUGGAAGAUCAAGCAUCUCGACUUCACCCGCCUGCUGGUCGCAAACUACUCUGCGGGCUGGGCCGACGGCGGCAUCCUCCCCAAGAACAGCGCCACCACCACCACCGAACCCCCGGCGUUCCUCGACGUCCUCCCCCGCAGCGGCUCCAACAAGCCGGACGACUGGCAGCCAUUCUGGCGACCCGCGACCAACACAACAACAACAACAACCGCCUCCCCGCUCUCCGACCUGCGCCGCCGCCUCGCCCGGUCCUCGGCCUUCGACGAGACGGAGAACGUGUCGGCCGCGUACGGCUACUACGCCGACGACAUCCGGUGCGGCAGGUUCGCGGCGCUGCACGCGCAGAAGGGCUUCAAGGAGUCGCCGGGCACGGGCUGGUACCGGACGCCGGGCCGGAUCGAGGGCGCGUGCACGUCGCGGUACGGCGCCGGCACGGAGGACCCGCGGAGGCCCAACGUGCCGUUCCACUGGCGACCGCAGCCGGUGAUCUUGGUGUCCGAGGAUGGGAGGUCGUCGAGCCUGAGGGCGCGGAUAUUGCAGACCGGGACGUCGAGGAGCUCGAGUGGCGGGUUUGAUGGGGUGUGGGGGUUUAAUGGGGGCAUGUACCAUGACCAGUUUGUGCUGGAGGACUUUGGUAAUGGCACCGUCAGGAGGAAGCUAUGGUGUCUGACCAUCGACGAGUUCUACUGGCAGAGCAGCAGCUGGGCCAGCGGCUGGGCCGGCGUGGGCUCAGGCAGCACCAAGGGGGGGCGCUCACCCUCGACCCUGGUCCACCAGCCACUAUCUCUCCUGGACGCCAGGCAGGCCAGCAACUUCCCGCCCGACGUGUCGCUCAAGGACGCCAAGAUGACGGAGCGCGAGGCCGGGUUCUCGGGCGGGCCGACGGACGUCGUGGGCUGGCCCGACAUCCAGCGCAUGUGGUGGUCGUACCGCAACCCCGUGAGCGGGCGCGUACCCCAGGACGGCAGAAGGAACAUCGGCAACGCCUCGUCGUCGGCGUACUGGGGCCCCGGUUGUGUGCCCUGCCGGACGGCGAGGCCCGACUGGGCGCUGAUGGAGAACGGGUAUCAGGAGCCGCCGACGGGGCCGACGAGUGUGACGGCUGCCGUGAAGGUGGCGGGGUCGGUGACUGUGGCCGUGGCUGGUGGGCCCGGGGAGCCUGCCGAGGGGACAGUGGAGCUGCGGGUGGCGGACGGGAGCGCCGACUUGGUGGGCUCGGCGUCGCUGGAUGGUGAGGGGGGUGCGACGAUCGUGGUGCGGGCUGAGGACUUGCCCGCUGGGGUGAACGAGCUGGCGGUGUAUUAUCUAGGCAGCGAUCGCCUGAGGCCUGGCCGGGCGACGGUCGUGGUGGAUGUGCCGGAGUAG